AUGGAACAGCACUCACAGAGGGGUAGACCCAGGAUAUAUUCCAGCGAAAGUGAGCGCCUUCGAAUCAGACGGCAGCGUGAAACGCCGCAAGAAAGGGCCGUUCGCCUUGAAACGGAGUCUGCGCGGCAGCAACAACGGCGAGAAAAUGAGAAUUGGGAAGAGCGGUCUUCCCGGUUGCAGGCGAACGCCCAUAGGCAGCAGCAGAGGCGUCAGCAUGAAAGUUCCGAAGAAAGAACAGCUCGACUUCAGAGGAAUGCUCAGAGACUGCAGCAGAGGCGUCAACAUGGAAAGCGCUGCAGAACGAACUUCACGACAGCAAGAAGACGCUCUAAGGCAGCAGCAGAGGCGUCAUAUUGA